AUGGGUGGAGAUAGCAUCGGAUAUGAUGAAAACACGAUGAGGCCCUGGCAUAAAUUCGAUCGGAAUGACUGGAUGCUGAGUCGAGCAAAACGUGCAAUUGCUGAAGAUACGAUCAGCGACGAGUCGACGGGUUCUGAUGAAAGCACCGAAAAGCCGCUGGCCACUUUUGAUCGCACCAAUCCAUGGAUGGAGGGCCGGGAAACACGAGAGAUUGAAGACGAUAGAACUAGCGACGAGCCGACGGAACCGGCCGAAAACGAAAGGGCCACCAAAACACCGUGGUUUAAAUUUGACAGCAAGGACUGGACCAUUCGUGGAAAACGCGCAAUUGCGGAAUAUACCGCCGAUUGCGGCAGCGACACUGACGACCAAAUGAACCGCGACAGCCGUGGCAUCCUUGACUUCCUAAGAGAUUUCUUUGGCAGGAAAUACCAUUACCGUGAUCAGUUCACGACGGCAGAACCCGACACUACUGAGACGACAACGAUUUCAGAAGACACGACAACCACUGACGGACCCACUUCCGGCGGAUGCCUGGAAGUGGUGACCACUGAUGAAACGGAAGAAGAAACAGAGGAGACUCAAGAACCCUCAGAAGAUGAUGUAGAAGCUUCUGGAUCUGAGGAAGUGGAAACGUCGACGGAAGCAGAGACCACUGAGGAGACAGACGAAGUGACUGAUGAUGGUGAUGAGGAAACCACGGCAGCCAUGGAGGAA